GCUACGCCCAUGACUAUGCAAGCAUCUGUUCGGUGAAGUUGAAUUGGACUGAAUUGACCAUGCUGUGUAAUAUAUUUAAACGCUCGUUUCAAGCGCGUAUAAAGAAAGUGAAUAACUUAAAUGUGCUGCGGUUGAGCAGUUCUGGUGGACAACGAGGAGAGAUCCAGGACGUACUGGAUAUAGAGGCCAAUCUCUUUGGGAAUUCAGAGUUGAAGCAUGAGCCGAUAAACACGAGGGAAGCUUUACGCAAGAAUCGAUUUGCGGGUAGAAAACCCAAGGCACCCAUUGCUCCAGUAGCAUCUCGCAAGCUCCCAGCAUCAGCACCUCCUGCUCCACGAAUUGCUCCAAUUCCUGCUCCAAUAAUCAAGGACAAUGAGCUGAAUUUGGAGUUUGUGCGCCUCACCCUGCAGGAUCCCCUUACCAGCACCCUACUAACCACAGUGCGUUCCCGCAAGCGCCGUGAUAAGAACCGGCAGAUCAUCGUCGAGGGCCGCCGUCUCAUCCAGGAAGCCCUGCAAUGUGGUCUCAAGAUGGAAGCACUACUGUUCUCUCAGAAGGAGCAGAUGGCUUUGGUAAAGGAGGAAGUAGGUAUUGCGCAGCUGGAGACGGGCACCAAGAUUUACAAAGUGCCUCAGCACGACCUAAAGACGUGGUCUUCGCUGGUAACUCCUCCAGGUUUGAUGGCUAUAUUCGAUAGGCCAUCGGACAAAGGCUUGGACAAGAAUCUGGCCGAGCAACAGCGUCUGGGAUCUGAGCCCUUGCCCAUUACCGUUGUGUGCGACAAUAUCAGAGAGCCCAACAAUCUGGGUAGCAUCAUAAGGACCUGCGCCGCUUUGCCGUGCAGUCAGGUGGUGGUCACCCACGGAUGCUGUGAUCCCUGGGAAUCGAAGGCCCUGAGAGGAGGCUGUGGCGGUCAGUUUAGAGUUCCAAUUCGGGAUGAUGUCACUUGGGAGGAGCUCGCUUUAACCAUUCCCCCAGAGGCGGCCGACGACUGCCAUGUUUUCAUUGCCGAGAGUAACCAAAGGAAGCGGGAGAACAACCAGACCAUUGAUUAUGCGGAUAUCCAGGGCCUCGGAGCCCAUAACUUGCUCAUUAUUGGCGGGGAGAGUCACGGAGUCAGUGAGGACGCAUACCGUUUCUUAAACUUGGUUGGAGGUAAAGGAAAGUGCAUCUAUAUUCCACUGGCAGCUGGCAUCGAUAGCUUGAAUGUGGCAUCUGCCCUGACGCUGUUGCUUUUCGAACUGCGCCGAAAACUAAAUCAACAGGCAUCUGCGAAAAAUUAAGUUUUGAAAAACAAGCGUUAUAAUUAAAUAUAUCUACUAUUUUCUUAAAAAGUAAA